AUUAAAAAAACCUUUUGGCGUUCGGUUUCUGCGCGCGCAUAUCUCGUUCCCUCGCAAUCGCAUAAAUUUUCGAAGUCUGCGCUUCGUAGGAUAAUGGCUUCGAUUACAAAUUCGAAGCCCGCAGAAGUGAACGGUGAAUGUCCGUGUUACUCGAGUAAAAGAUAUAAAAUGGAAAAUAACAAUAAAGUGACUGUUGUCUUGGGUGCCCAGUGGGGUGAUGAGGGAAAAGGAAAAGUGGUGGAUCUUCUGGCUAUGAACUCGGACAUCGUGUGCCGCUGUCAGGGAGGAAACAAUGCUGGUCACACCGUUGUGGUAGAUGGAAAGGAGUUUGACUUCCAUCUGCUUCCUAGCGGUAUUAUCAAUGCGAAAUGUACUUCAGUUAUAGGUAACGGCGUGGUCAUUCACCUGCCGGGGCUGUUCGAGGAGCUGAAGAAGAACGAGCUCAAGGGAAUGGAAGGAUGGGAGAAACGGCUCAUCAUCUCCGACAGAGCGCACAUAGUAUUCGACUUCCACCAGCAGGUGGAUGGUCUCCAAGAAGCCGAGAAGGGGAAGAACUCGCUCGGUACAACUAAGAAGGGCAUCGGCCCGACCUACUCGUCGAAAGCCACUCGUAACGGUAUCAGAAUAGGCGAUCUACUCGGCGAUUACAGUAUUUUUGAGGAUAAAUUCCGAACAUUGGCAGCGAACUACAAGAGAAUGUUUCCGUCUCUCGAGCUGGACAUCGAGACCGAACUGGCCAGGUACGGCGACUACGCGGCUAAGAUACGGCCGAUGGUCAGGGAUACAGUAUUGUAUCUCCACACCGAAAUAAAGAAUGGCAAGAAAGUUUUAGUCGAAGGUGCCAAUGCCGCCAUGUUGGAUAUUGAUUUCGGCACCUACCCCUACGUGACGUCAUCGAAUUGCAGUAUCGGUGGAGUGUGUACGGGUCUCGGUCUUCCGCCGAAUCUAAUUGGCGACGUACUCGGAGUCGUCAAGGCUUACACCACUCGGGUUGGAGAUGGACCGUUCCCUACAGAAUUGCAUGAUGAGACGGGCGAGCUGCUGCAGUCGCGCGGGCACGAGGUGGGCGUGACGACGCGGCGCGUGCGGCGCUGCGGCUGGCUCGACCUCGUCGUCGUGCGCUACACCGCCACCGUCAACGGGUACACCUCAUUAUGUCUAACGAAACUCGACAUUUUGGACACAUUGAAAGAAAUCAAAGUCGGUGUCGCGUACAAAUUGAACGGAAAGAAAAUUGAUUACUUCCCGUCCUCGAUGGCUGAACUGAGUAAUGUUGAGGUGGAAUACAUGACUCUGCCGGGCUGGGCGUGCAGUACUGAGGAUGUCAGAGAGAUGUCUAAAUUACCGGAAGCGGCGAGUAACUACGUCAGAACCAUUGAAGACUUCCUACAGAUACCGGUGAAAUACAUUGGUGUGGGACAAGGUCGGGAGUCGAUCAUCAACGCGAAUUAAAAGCGGAACCAUUCGCGUGGUUUAGAAAAUUGUUGUGUUUCGUCACUUCUGUAGCAGAUCUCUCGUCUUUCAGGAGCGUUUGACUAUUUCAUAUUAUUUUAAAUAUAUAUUACAAGUAUACUUAAAAGAAUUACAUCGUUCUGUCAUCAUUGUUAUGAAACCAGAUAGAGAACGCAUUUACGGGCCUUUAAACGAUAAGCUAAAUAUAAUUGUUAUGUUAUUGUUGUAUUGAGUGGACAUUCUUGCCAGACGAUUUUUAUCAUUCAAUUCUAAAUUUUAGAAAUAAAUUUUCAGAGAUACGUCGCCCCUUGCAAUAAACAAUAAGCAAUAAAUACUAUCAUUGAUAACUUAUUAUCGAAAGUAUGAUCAUAAUAUAAUUAUAUUAAUUCCAUUUUCUGACUAAAAACUAAUUUAAAAUGUUAUGCGAUGUCAUUGGGGUGAGAUGGUAUAUCGAAAUUAUUUAUAAGUAAGAUAAAAAAAAAAUCUAUGAUUAAAAUUUAAUCCACUCAUACUAGCAAGUUAAAUAAGUUAAACAAGUUAAAUAAGUGGUUGAUGCUGUGAAUAGCUCUCAAUUAAUAUUUGAACUAAAGUACAUUCCACGAAACGAGCUCCUAAAGGAAAUUACCCUUGCGCGCCUUCAUUGGUCAAUCUAUUUCGUAGGAUUGUUUAUUGUGCCGGAUUCGUCUCGCUUAACUCUAGCCGUGCGCAUCGACCAAUGAGGUGCGAGUAUUAUGUACCUUUGGAGUUCGACUCGUGGAAUGAACUAUAAAUAUAUUUAAUAUAUAAAUAGUCAAACGCUCAAUAAAUGUUAUAUUAAAUCGUCAAUUUUUCGAUUAUUUCGAAAAUCAAAUGCCGUUUUAGAUAAAUAAAACAUAGAUGCCGAUUUUACUAUCACGUAGAAGCAGUAUUUUAUAUUUUAAAACAAACAUGCAACGCAAGAACAAUUCUCUAGGAUAUCGUAAAUAUAUCGCAUAUUAUAUGCAAUAUACAAUGUGUUUCGAUAGAACUUGUAAGACUUACAAAAUAAACGUACGUGAGUGUUGUCAGUUAAAUAGUUGUCAAUAUCCGUGUUUAAAAUUCGUCAACGAGUCAACAAAACUAUUUUCUCCUUACAUUUUAUGUAUAUUUUUGUUGAUAACUUAAUUAAGUAUAAAAGUGCAUCUCAAAAUUUCUUUGGUCUGGUACUAAAAGGACUAAAGUAGAUUUUCGGGUAAAUGGUUAAUAAACCACAUUUUAUCACAUGCCGAAUAAAUAUCCAAAAACUUCAGGAAUAUUUAUUAUACCAACAAUAUUACACAAAAAGGCAUUUGUUAUAUAAAUAAUCAACCGUUCGUUAUUUCUAAAGUGAUUGACGAAUGUACAUAAGUAUUAUUUAUAUUGACCUUUUUAGAACCAGACCACGUAAUUAUUUCGGUUUUAUAUUGUAAUUUAUCGAGGAAUGAAUGAUAAAAAUCGUUCGCGAAAUAUUAUUGAGUAUUCCUCGAUAAAUAACGUUAGUAAAAACUGAAUGUUUAUUAAUAACAUUGAACAUAUACUAUAUAAGUGUUCAAAAGUAAGUUUAAUUAAAAAAUAUUUUUAUAUUAAAUCAAUAUCGUUAUAUUUUGUAUUUCUACAAGUUCUAUAGAAAUUAAUAAUAUACACAUAAUCAUUUUAGACAAAUUUAUGUUAAAGGGCCUUGUCCAGUCUUCAUUGAAAAAAUCUUGCUUGUACUUUAUAUGCGUUACUUUAUUCAGCCUCGUCUUAAGAACAACAAGCGCCCGGGUGCAAGCUGUGUUCUGGCGAUCUCCCCUCCACAAAAUAUUUUUAAGUUACGUAUUGGGUCGCUUCACCAAUGGUUCGAGACUAUUAUCGGCGCGGCGCAGCCCAAUACGCGUCGCCUGUGUUUUUUGUAACCCCUUGAUUAAGACGGGCCUGAAAUUAUUAUUUGUAUCGACAAUAAUAAAAGAACAUCUUCCCUUAAAAUUCCAUUCAAAAGAUCUUCCACAAAGUCUGUGCGCUACGAAAUCAAUAUGUAUCUCAUUAGUCUAGAAAUUACUAAUUCGUUCAUUAUCAAUUCCUAUUAAUCUAUUUCCAUUAAUAUAAUUCCAUACCAAAAAAGUCCAUGCCGUGUGCACAGACGAAAAAUGUUUUCAGAGGACUAUAUUUUUUUAAUUAUCUUUAUAAAAAAAAGACACUGCUAUUAUUUUGUCACCAUAGAUAGAAAAUACGGCCAAGAAAAAAUAAAUAAAAAAAAAACAUGUCAUUACUAUUUGCAAUUAUGGCUUCCACUUUUAAUUUUAAACACAUAGACAAUAUAAAUUAAGUAAUUAAAUCACGAAAAUAAUUAUUGGUGCUUCAUAUAAAGUAAUACACAGUAAGAAAAUAAUUGGUAUGAUAUUUAACCGCGAACAAGUUCAAAUGCUGGAGUUUUUUAUGAUAUGUGACUGGCAUGGUUCCUAAUAACUGUUUUUAUAUAAACAAACCGACUGUUGACGGUCCUUAUUCAAAUAUAGUAUUCAAUAAUUAUAUUAAAUUCAAAUAAGCCUUCGGUAUUUGAAGUAUUUUAAAUAACACAAAGGUGGUAUUAGAAUUUUACGAGAUAAAUAUUAAAUAAUAACAAACUUAGAGAUAAUAAUACCGAGCACAAACAUUCAAACAGAUGUUUGUAGUUAUUUAACUAUAGUUAUCGUUUGUGCUUAUCUUGAUACUAAUUCCGUUUCUAAAUACAUUUAAAGAACUAGAAUGAUUUAUAAUUUAAACAAAAUAGAUACAUAUUAAAACAGAAUUAAUUAAAAAAAAAAAACUUGAUAUUCAAAGGAUAUUGUGGCAUGUGCAUAUAUUAAAUAAAGGUAAUUUCUACGCGAAUUA